AAUCCAUUCGUCAAUUAAUCUAUGUUCAUGUCCAUAUACAUUUUACUUUUUAACCACAAUUCUAUCAUGUUUAUUAUUAUGAUAUAAUAAACAAUGUUGAAUUUCUCUUUAAUCAUACUGAUUUAUUCAGUUCAAUCACGUGUAUCAAAUAAAUUAAAUUCUUCUUUAAUUUUCUACAACAAUUAAAACCUUCUGAAGUAGUUUAAGAUUCAAAACUAGUGUUAACAUAACAGAUCAUCAUCGGCAUUUUAACCUCCUACAUCAACAUUUCCUCGAAGAAUGAUACAUGCUAUUAAAAAGUUACAACUAUUAAUAAAAAAUAAUAUCAAAGGCUUAAAAUAAAUAGACAGAAAUUAAAAAAAAUAUAUUGUGAAUAAUUUAUGAAAAGACUCGUGAAUAAAAUAGUUAAACGUUAAUGUUUGCGGGAAAGCUACGACUGCCUAUUUGUAUGUAUUUUCAUUAAUUAAUUUUUACUGGUAUACAUGUAUGUCCUAAGGCGUGACCGAUGCUUCAAGUUCCAUUAUAUACAUCACAUCGUCAACUAAGUACGUUUUACACCAGAUUCGAAAAAGAAAAAAAUAACAAAACAAACUUUUAACCUACUGUAAUUCAUAACUAUCAAAAUAAGAUAAAUUGCUUUGAGGUGGCAAAAAUUUCAAUUUUUUUAAAAAUCAUCUCGUUAAAUAUAUAAGGUCAAUACUCUUUCAUAAUGUUGGCGGCGAUAACUUCUCUGAAAUUGACGAAGAAUUUUAGUCAAAUCAAAAAUUAUUGAUAAGUCAUAAAAUAUCAAGCUUUCAAAACCUGUCCGAAAAACAUGUACCUUGGGACAAUAAACUUGGGUAUAUUUUAAGACCAAGUUUCUCAAUUUAUCAUUUUCUUGUUAACAGAGGUACAUAAGACAAUGAGCUUUUAUUUAUACAAGGUAGCGACCGCUCUAAUUAAAUGUCAAUUAAAUCAGGGGAAGUCGUUUCACAACGCAUGCAUUCAUUUCGAAUCUCUCUCCAUCUCCAUAUUUUUUUUAAUUCUCUUCAAUGCAAUGUACAUGUAUUUCCAAGAUAGUUCUACCAAGACGAUUUCUUAAUUUUAUUUUUUAAACUCAGUCUCUUUAAGUUUUGAAAUAAAACUGAAAACAACAUAAUUUUUAUUAUUUCAAAAUUCAAAGUACAUGUACUCAAGUAAACUAGGUUUUGCAUAUAACACGACUUAUAAAAGACCUUAUAUCUAAGACGAAUUAGUUAUCUCUUUUUAUAUAAAUCAAUCAUUACAGGUUAUUUUCACGCGAUAACACCAAUAUUUAUUGUGGUUAUUAAAGCAUUAAAAUGUAUCUACACAUGUAUAUUUCAAGGAUUUCAUACACUUUCUAUUUCGUAAAGCAACGCCUUGACACAUCGACGUAGGUUGUCUAUUCCAUUACAAAAUCCAAAAACAAAAAUGCAUAUGCAUGAUGAAUUAUAAAAAGAGGACUGCGUAUAUACACACGAGAUUGAUAGUCCUACAGAAGUGAGAAUUCUCCGGUUUGUGUUUUUUACAUAAUUGAAAUCAAACGUAAUUAUGUAUAUUACGUGUUUAAUAUGCAAAAUUCGGCCUUAUUUAACUAACAAUAAUAUUGUCCACGUGAAAAACAACGUGCACUCUGACUCUUGUACGGCCAGUUCCUCCCAGGGUGAAGCCGAGAGAAUCCCCAACUUCAAAGAGCGUACCUUGAAAUCACCCUAAAGACUUGUGAAUUUUAAUAAGUCGGAGAGUAAUAUAUUAUCAUGAUGUAUUAGGGGUCUGAUCCAUGGAGAGCUUAUAUAUUGCCCGAGAGGGGCCGGCCGGGGAACCAUUCUACUCCUGAUUCAGCUGGCUGGUGGACAUAUUGGAUUUCUAGGAAGCUUGAAACGAGUAACUAUCCCGAUGGAGCCUCUCCGGGCCGCAAUCUUUAUUUUUCUUUUCGCUGCGUUUAUUGCUGAGCAAUCAUCUAGUUUGAGCGUCCAUCAUAUAACUAAACGGGAUACUAGUGAGAGCGACGGAUCGAGUACGACUGGAGACGAUCAAGGUGAUGACGGACAAUCACGUGACGAUAUGGAUGCAAGUAAUGGCGGGAGUCAAACAUCUCAGUCAGACGACAGCGGCGGGUCAGUAAACAUCGACAUGGCAGAUAUGAGAGGCAGCGACGGUGACUCUGGGGACGGCAAUAGGGACGAUUCUUCAGAGGGCAAAAACUGUAACAAAUGUAAGAAUAAGCAAGGAACCACAGGUGACGAUUCUUACGAAGGGGCUACGGUAUUAAUGGGAGCUGACACCGGAAGCAGUGAUUCUGGAGUAGGAAUAGGAAGCGACGAUUUUAGCGACAGAACUGUUGGUGUUAUAGGAAUUGAAACAGGAUCAAGUAAUUCAGGUAGCAGUGAUUCUGGAGCAGGAGUAGGAAGCGAUGAUUCCAACGAGGGAGCCAUAGAUGUUAUGCAAUUCGGAACAGGAGGCGAUGACUCUUCCGACGGAGUCAUAGAUGAUAUGAGACUUGGAACACGUACGAUUGAUUUGGGAUCAGCAACAGGAAGCGAUGACUCAAACUCAGGAACAGGUAGCGAUGACUCUAGCGAAGGAGAAAUAGAUGGAUCAAGGGACAGAAUACUUGACUUCAACAAUAUUGAAACAGGAAGCGAUGACUCAAACUCCGGAACAGGCAGCGAUGACUCUAGCGAAGGAGAAAUAGAUGGAUCGAGGGACAGAAUACUUGACUUCAACAAUAUGGAAACAGGAAGCGAUGACUCAAACUCAAGAACAGGCAGCGAUGACUCUAGCGAAGGGGAAAUGGAUGGAUCUGGUGGAAAGAGAAAAUGCAGUCGUUGUGCCAAGAAAACAAACAUGGCUGAUUCAGGAGCAGAAGGCGAUGACUCAGAGGAAGGUACAACAAGGGACGAAAUACUUAACUUCAAUAACAUGGAAACAGGAAGUGACUCUGGAGAAGGGACAGGCAGUAGCGACUCUGGAGAAGGAACAGACAGGCAGGGUGAUUUGACUUACGGAGCACAAGUAGGCACAGUUGGUUCUGGAGCUUCUAAUAGUGACUCAAGUGAAGGGGACGCUGGAUACAACAAUGGAGACAUAACUGAUUCAGAUAGCAAAGAAAACCUUGGUGACGAUUCACAAGAGAUGGGAUCACAAACAGGAGGAAGCGACUCAAGUGGACAAGACUCAAACGAAAUACAAGCCGCUACAAUUUUGGACAAUGAAUAUCCCCGGAAUUCUGAGCGUCUGACUUCAGAUUUGCUUCUGUCAGAAAGCACAGGUGGGGAAAUCAAUCGAUUCAAUAUUGACAAUACAAAUGGUCCAGCAGAAGGACCCUCCAAAUGGCCUAAUGUUCCUGUCGGUGACAUUUUCAUGGAAAGUAAUAAUAACCUACCACUACCAGGUGAUUCAAUCUGGCGAGAUCCAGGAGUUCCAACUCCUACAGGAGGAUAUCCUGGGAAUCGGGAUUCUGCGUUUCCUGGGGAUCAAGUUCAAUUCAUUCCUGAAGUCCCUACCACUCCUGAACCUACUUUUGUUAAAUCAAAUGUACCCCCAGGUAUGGAGAGCAUAAGGGUUGAAGCAGCUCCACUAAUAGAUCCAACAGAAGCCAGCUACAUUCAACCACCUGCAAUCCCAAGUCCUACACCAACUCCAUACUAUGAAGGCAACCAAUAUGAGCAAAAUUAUAAUCAAGGACCAGAUACAAUGACUCUAACUCAAGGUUACGAAAAAAACAAUGGUCCCUCUGCAACAGAUAUGAACUAUCCAACCGAAUCCUACACAAAUGAGAUGAACCAAAAUAUCCCUCCUCAGCCAGACAUUGUGCCUCCAAUUCAGGAUUAUGGAACAAAUGAGUUCACACCGAACGUUCCUUCAGUGCCAGGAACAAUGGAUCCAACUCCAGGUUACGGACCAAAUGAAUUUGAACAGAAUGCUCCUACUGGGGUAGUUUCAACUGUAAUGGGUGAACAAGAGGGUGUGGGUACCAUUAUGGACCAAACUUCUCUAAAUUUGGGACCUGUUGUAGAUUCAGGUAACUUUGUAAACCCCCCUCCAUCUUCUGGGGGCUUUGUGGAUUUGUCAAUCAGAGGCAAGGGACAUCUUAUGGAUGGCAGUCCAGCUGGAGUGGAUGGAGUUGCAGUGGGUAAUUACAUAAAGGGACCAAAUGACGUGAAAGUGUGGUCCGAUUCUACGCAGCCUGCAACAACGGGAGUCAUCGAACUUUUCCACAAAUCUGGCAAAAUGCACGGGUUGAAGAAAAUAUGUGUUCACAUUCGACAAGGUCCUGCUGAUGCAGCAACAACCGCUGUACAGACAGGACAACAAAAUGGAGGUCUGAAGACAAUCCUUAAAUCGAUUCUUCAAGAUGGAGUGGUCACUUCAGAGAGGGUUGUUGGCCAGCAAGGCGACGCAACUGGUAAAAUGAAUAUCAACAUUCCAGAUGGCUCCAUAGAUAUUGGUAGAAACAUCGAAAAUCAAAUUGGAGCAGGAAUGAUUGAUAACCAAAUGGAUGCUCAAAAUAUGGACCUGAGAAUAAAUAGAAUGCCCCAGCCAUUUAUAAAUGAACCAAGAGAAAUUCGUUUUACAAAUAAUGCAUUGAACCGUAGACCAUCGAAAAUUUUCUUAGCUAUCAGCAGUAAACUGAAAGAAGCAGAUCAUGCUAGGCCAUUAGACUACGAUCCAGCAGCAGAGAGAGGUCAAGUUCAAACACAUUCACAGAAUGGCAAAGGGGUCAUCAGAGUUUACACCAAACAGUCUGACGGUACAAAAACAAUGAAGAGAGUCUUUGUAAAUAUUCGCCAGCCUGAGCCAUAUGUUCGCGCAAGCGCCGUAACAAGAACCGUGAAGAUCCCAGUGACCAGAAUGUAUAACACAGGGAGCGAUGGAGCCGUCACAAUUGGAUUUGGAGGUGGAAGUUCCCCCGGUGUCACAGGAGCAAGGACUGGUUUGACAGGAUCUGUGUCUGGAACAAUGAUGAGGGUAGACGGCGGACAUGUUCAUUCAGAUAUUGGACAUGCACAUGACGGACAUGGACACACUCAUAUGGGACACGCGCAUGAUGGACACAGUCAUGAUGGUCACGGCCACUCACAUGGGCACGCAGUCCACACAAUGCGUGUAGACGGUGAUCCAUCAGUGCGCUCCGUAUCCGGACAGAUGUUUAAGGUUGACGGGAGAAGUAUUUUCCCAGAACUUGGUGCCGAUCACACCGUUCGCUCAGGAAGUCAGCAGAUGAAUGAAGUGACACAUCCCAACGGCAAUUUCCACGUGCACAAGAUCGGCGAUCGAAAUAUCGUCCAUGACCAUCGCCAUGGAAACGUGGACCAAGACACAUACAGAAGAGUCAUGGAACUUCUUGGGCGGCGACUGCCGGCAAUAGAUUCGAAUUUCGAUCCAUACGUUACCUCCACUUCUAACAUGCAUCGUCCUUCAACUAAAGUACCAAAUGAUGGAUACAUGCCAAGCAAGGAUGCACCAAAUAAAAUAGUAAUUUUCUUUGUGAAAAACAUGAAAGACCUCAAAGAAAAUUUAGAAAAAAGAUUAUUCAAGUUUAGAAAUAUCAGGAAUGGAGCAAUAGCAGACGACAUGGGAGGACAACUUUUGAGCGACAACUCCAGAGAAGUAAGCGGCGGGAGCAGCGAGUCAAAAGAAAACGACAGCAAUGAAAUGACUAACAACAUUCAGUCAUCGUCGACAAAUCUUCCAGAACGAUACAAUCCUGGUUCUAGCAGUACAGAGAGUGGUGGAAUGGGAGAAAAUGGCGGACAAGACAAAUCGGAUUCCAAAGAAAAUGGCGGACAAGACAAAUCGGAUUCCAAAGAAACAACUUUUAAUGGACCUGAGUUAAAAUCAGAUUCUGAUGAAGGAGGAGAAGAUUCAAAGGAACAAACAAGUGUUCUACAAAAUGGACUGAACCUUGCAGACAUCCCCACUGAACAAGAUAACAAUAGUGGUGAUGAUUCUAAUGACGAUAAUGAAGGACAUGUAAAUCAGAUGAAAGAUUUAAAUUUUGGCAGCACAGUAAAACAAAUUGAGCAGAAUGAUGACGACUUGGAAAGAUAUACAAACGAUGACACCCAAAUGUCUGACGAUGUCAAAGAACUCAAGACAAACACAGAUGAUGGUUCUGUUGAUGAACAGGACUAGUGUGUUUCAUCCAUGAUUUCAACUGCAGCUACAGCUAGAGACAGAGUGAACUUUUUAGACAAUUCCAUUUCAUCCUUCCUACCUCAUGUUAUUUAUACAUUCUUAUAUCAGGGUAUUGUAUAUUCUAGUAUUUGUAUGCCACAAUAUUGCCUUCAUUUUUGUCCUUAUUGCCUUCAUUUUUGUCCUUGUAAGGAAAAUUGGAACUUAAACUUAACCUAAAAAUCUGAGUAUUAUUAGAAUUUCUAUUUACUCCCUCUACCUCAAAAUAUGAAUUUCAAUGACUGAAUAAUGUAAAAUAUAUCUACAGAGAAAAGGUUAUUUAUAGUUUAUAAAUUUAGGAAAAUAUUUACUACACGUGUGUUGUCUGUGUACAUUUUAAGAUUCUCGUUUUGAUUCAUGAAAACCUCAAUAAUAAACAUAUAAAUAAAUUAAUAUAUUUUCACAAGAAAAUAAUCCUGAAAUGACAAUUUAUUUCAAUAAAUAUUUUUUUUCUUAUGUUAAUAUUGAACUGUGUAAUUUAAAGAAUAUUUGAUAGUAUACUUUGUAUAUAACGGUAAUACAUUUUCAAAAACAGUUUUUGAAAAUACUUGGAUUCCCAAUGUAGAAUCAAUGUUUUUGAUCCAAACGUAAAACAACAGAUGAAGAAACUGGAACCAGCAACCAUACUGUUACAGCAAAACACCAAAUAUACAUGUAUACACCCAACUAAAGUUACACUGUGUAAUUCACAUAAACAAACUCCAUUGACAGAAGUACUUACUGAAAGAAGAACCUAAAUACAGAGAAUACAAAACAGUUGUUAACCGGUACAUUCUAAAUUAAAUAAUGAAAUUCAUUAAAUUAAUUUAUGGUAAAUCCUAAAUAUAGCAAUAAAAGUCAUUGGGUUUUUUUUCCAGGAAUUAAUGCAAGUUUAUUCAUUAAUUUUACCUUAAUAGAACAUUGUCAGAAUUGCAACACUGCAAAAUCUGUCGAUACCACAAAAAAGUCAGAUAUGUAAAGUGGCACAAUAGCGUGAAAUUUUUCAACAAUUUUGAUAUUGUAUGGGACCUAUACACAAAAAAAGAGCAAGGCAAUCUUUUAUUGUUUAUAGACAGACUUAUAACAAUUCCUUAAUCCUAAUUGUGUCAGAAAAAAACACCAAAUGGCAUCAUGGAAAAAAUGACUUGCUCCAAAGACUGAUAACAAAUCAAAUUGUAACAAAUGACUUAUGAAUAUUAUGAAAAAUGAAGAAUAUGGUAACAAAUCAAGUCUGGAGAAUUGUCUGGUUCAAAAUAUGUCUUUCUUUCUUUCUUUCUUUCUUUCUCUUUCUCUCCUUGGUAACUAAGUGACUGUAUUCUUCUUUUUAGUUAUUAAUCUAAUAAUUGUACAAAACACAUUCAUGUCUUUUAUGAUAAUGAAUCUAUAACUUUGAAUAAAAUUGUAAAUUAUGAUUAGUUAAAGAAAAUAUAACUUUUGAAUCUACCUUGCUGAAAUAUUUUCCAAAAUAUCGCACAAAUAAGCAUUCAGACAUGUGCAUCCUACAAAGAUCAUAUCACGUGACAUUUGAUUCACUUUGCAUUGAAAUCUUUUAAAUGAUCCACUUAACGCAAUGCAGUUUCGGCACAAC